AUGCCUCAGUACCAGCCUCAAACCGACACUUUCAAGGACCCCUCGAGCAAGAGUGAGGCCAAGCAACAAAUGGCCGAGCAGGCGAAACAGGAGAGAACCGAGCACUCCAAGAGCGGCGCAAACACCGGAAAGCCGCAAGGGAUGGAGUACGUGGCACGCAAGGAGCAUGCCGCCGAUGUCCAGCACAACUAG